UGUAGUACCAGCAUCUAUAUAGUAUUUUUUUUAAUGUUAGAAUGUACUUUAAUCGGAUAGUUGCAAUUUGAAUUAAGUUAACAAAUACGUAUUGUAGCGAUGAUGUCAACAAGAUACGUUUCUUUUAUAUCUGGAAUAGUAAUAGCCUCAUUGACAUGGGCUUUCAGUUUAUACCUCUAUUCAAGGUUAUCCCAAAACACCAACUCUGUCAAUCCAACAAUAUUGACGUCAGAAAAUUCAAAGGUAGCAAAAGAAGCCACAUUUAAUCAUAAAACAUAUAAUGAUCAAGAAUUCAAAUUACAUAAUAAUUUAAUUAAUCAUCAUGAUAAAGAAAGUAUCAUAGAUAAAGGUACCUAUAAUUUAAAAGGAAAUAAUUAUAAAAAUAGUGACACACUUUUGCAACAAUUACAACCUGUACCAGUGAAACCUGCUGUAACUUUAGGACAAGGUUUAGAUGAACUAGGAAUGGUUAAGAAUUAUAAGGAUCAACAAAAACGAGAUGAAGGAUAUAAAAAUUAUUCCUUUAAUAUUCUAGUAUCAGAUAAUAUUGGUAUACAUAGAGAAUUACCAGAUACAAGACAUAAACUAUGUGAAAUGCAAAAGUAUUCUAAUAAAUUACCAAAUGCUAGCAUUGUUAUGUGCUUUUAUAAUGAACAUUAUAUGACACUAUUAAGAUCUUUACAUUCUAUUAUUGAAAGAACUCCUAAAAAUCUGUUACAUGAAAUUAUCUUAGUAAAUGAUUGGAGUGAUAGUAAAAUUUUACAUGAAGAAAUUAAAAUGUACAUUAACAAUAAUUUUAAUGGUAAAGUGAAAUUUUUUAAAACAGAUAAAAGGGAAGGAUUAAUCAGAGCAAGAAUAUUUGGUGCAAGGAAAGCAACUGGACAAGUUUUAAUUUUCUUAGACAGUCACAUAGAAGUAAAUAAAAAGUGGAUAGAGCCUCUUCUAUUACAAAUUGCUCAAGUCAAAACUAUUAUAGCUAUGCCAGUUAUUGAUAUAAUUAAUCCAGACACAUUUCAAUACACUGGUAGCCCUCUGGUAAGAGGUGGUUUUAACUGGGGUUUACAUUUUAAAUGGGAUAAUUUACCAGUUGGUACACUGGUACAUGAUGAAGAUUUUAUAAAACCAAUAAAGUCACCAACAAUGGCUGGAGGAUUGUUUGCAAUAGAUAGAGAAUAUUUUAUAAAGUUGGGGGAGUAUGAUGCUGGCAUGGAUAUCUGGGGUGGUGAAAAUCUUGAAAUAUCAUUUAGAAUUUGGAUGUGUGGUGGAAGUAUUGAAUUAAUACCAUGUUCAAGAGUUGGACAUGUAUUCAGAGGAAGAAGACCAUAUGGUGCAUAUGAUCAACAUGAUGCUAUGUUGAAAAACUCAUUACGUGUAGCCUACACUUGGUUAGAUGAAUAUAAAGAUUACUUUUUAAAGAAUGUUAAAAAAAUUGAUUAUGGUGACAUUACAGAAAGAUUAAAGUUACGAGAGAAAUUGAAAUGCAAAAAUUUUGCAUGGUAUUUAAGAGUAGUAUAUCCUGAGUUAGCAUUACCAGAUGAUAACAAAAAUAAAUUAAAAGACAAAUGGGCAAAAUUAGAGCAGAGACCAAUGCAACCUUGGCAUUCUAGAAAAAGAAAUUAUACUGAUGAAUAUCAAAUCAGACUUUCUAAUUCAGCCCUGUGCAUUCAAAGUGAAAAAGAUAUAAAAACCAAAGGCUCAAAACUUAUUUUAGUACCAUGUUUGAGAAUUAAAUCACAAAUGUGGUAUGAAACAGAUAAAAAGGAACUAGUACUUGGACAAAUGCUUUGUAUGGAAGGAGCAGAAAAAAUUCCAAAACUUGGAAAAUGCCAUGAAAUGGGUGGUAAUCAAGAAUGGCACCACAAAAAUGCUAAUGGUAUACCUAUAUAUAACAUGGCAGCUGGUACAUGCUUAGGAGUAUUACAUGGAACAAAAGGUGCUCAAAUUGUAAUGGAUUUGUGUACUAAAUCAAAUACAAGUUUUAUAUCAUGGGAUUUAGUACGCUCUAAAAUUCUUUCAAAGGAAAUUAGGUGACAUCAGUUGAAGAGAAUGUAGUUAAAAA